AUGAAAUCCAAUACUCUUGCAAUUUUAUUGACUUUUCUCGCCAUUAUAGCAUUGGCAAAUGCUCAGAAUACCACUACAAGCAAUUCCACCGCCACUAACUCUAACUCUACUGCGCCUUCUCCCGCUCCUACAGAUGAUAACAAAAUAGACCAAUGUAUUAAAAAGAAUAACUGUGCACCCACCGACCAGACUUGCCGUUCCAUAUGCGCAGGAGUUCCAAACCCAUCGAAAUCAGAUGUUAACAGUACAAACGAUUGCGUAGCUAAAUGCAAUUCAACUCUCCCUGAUAACAACGCAUACAAGAGUUGUGUAAGUGGUUGUGUAACAAACAAUUACUAUAAUCCCAAUACAACUUACGCACCACCAACUCCUACCGCUUCGUCCGGUGGCAAUUCAACCGACAACAGUGGAAAUGGUAGUAAAACAAGUAAUACAGGCCCUACAUCGGGUAGUGGUAGCGGCUCGAACAGUUCCAAUUCUUCUUCAUCGGGUAAUCAUGCUUUCAAUACCCCAUCACUCUAUUCAUCAUCGGUCUAUUCAGUUGCAAUGUUGUUGAUUUGUGCAAUGGUUG